AUGAUUUAUGUCGCUAUAGUAUUGCCUCUUUAUAUUUCUUGUUCCGUUGAGGCUUACUGUUGCUCUAGUGUUUCUGGAUUGUUUAUUGAAGACAGUCAUCCCGGAGAAGUUCGAUUGCAGGCCAUUUGUGAUAAAUUGAAGCUGCUGCAUAAAGAUGAUAAAUCCUACUACAAUGCUGAUGGCAUCAUGAUCAACAACAAACACGAGAUAGAAAUUGCCAUUGUUGAAACUACAGGCCCUUUUCAUUUUCCAAACAUCCCAAAAGAGACACAGGAUUACAUUAAAGCUGUGUCAAUGCUUCAUUGCAUUGACCGAAAUUUUCCCUACGGAGACUUCGGCACCUUCAAAAAAAUCGGUGUGUUCUUUAUUCAAGUAACACGUAUUGCCAACAACUUCAAGAAACAUCAAUUCACUCUGGUUCAUGAAGAAAAUAAUAAUGGGAACGUACGAAGCAAUAGACGCUUUAGAAAAUUCCCAUAUCAGAAACAUGAAGAUAAAGCCUAG